AUGAACAAAACGGAAGAUCAAGUGAUUGAGAUCAUCGAAGAUGUGGUACAACACCACAUGGAUUGGCAAGACGGCGAGCGCGAUACAACGAACAAGAGUGGAGGGGCGGUCUACUCAGUAGAUCACCUCAAUGCCAUUAGCAACUUGACAACACAAAUCGCGAAUCUCGGGAAGGAGAUGUCAACCAUUAAGGAGAAGCUCGAAGAUCUUCCCUCCCAAUCUAAGGGGAGAGGUAUGAAUCCUAAUUUUUCUACUCCUAAUAUGCCUAAUGGAUGUAUUUUCUGUGAUAAUUGUGGGUCUUAUGAUCAUUAUGCUAAUGCUUGUAAUUUUAACCCUUCUCACGAUCCUAAUAAUAACGAUGGUAGUAGAUAUAAUAAUGAACAGGUCAAUGCUAUGUCUUAUGAUAAUGGACCUAGGAAUGAUAAUAAUAGAUAUCUACCACCUAAUCAAAGAGGGAAUAAUUAUAAUCAAUUUAGUGAAGUGAUGACACAUAAUAAGAUGAUGGAAACCCAAAUUUCCCAAUUGGCCGGAGCUAUAAAAGAUGGAGUUAGUACUUCGAAACUCCCAUCCCAAGGUAUUGACCCUAAGAACACAGUUAAUGCAAUAUCUACUAGGAGUGGAAAGACUUUGAUAGGGAAUGACAAAGUAAAAUCAAAUGAGAGUCAACCUGUGACCCCACCUAUCAUUGAAAACAUAAUUGAAAGUGAGGAAGAGAGGACCAUUGAAAAAGAUAAAAUUGAUGAGGCCCCAAAAGAACAGGAGGGAGUUCAAGCCAAAGAACCCGACCUAUUACAUAGACUCCCCUACCCCCAAAAACAUGUUAGACAUAAGCUUGAUGCCCAAUUCGGGAAGUUUUUGGAAACUUUGAGACAAGUCCACCUUUCUAUACCAUUCACUGAUGCAAUAAAACAAAUGCCUAAUUAUGCUAGGUUCAUGAAAGAUAUUUUGAGUGGUAGAAGAAAUUGUGAUGGGGUAGAAACGGUUAACCUCACUGAGCAAUGUAGUGCAAUUAUAAUGAACAAAAUGCCUCCUAAGUUAGGAGAUCCGGGAGAACUUCUUCCUACUAACAUAUCCCUACAGUUAGCCGAUCGAUCGAUCAAGUUUCCAAGGGGUAAGGUGGAAGAUGUUCCCCUAAGGGUUGGGAAGUUUGUAAUACCCGUUGAUUUUGUGGUUCUUGAUAUGGAUGAGGAUAUUAAUAUACCUAUAAUUCUAGGACGUCCUUUCCUAGCUACUUCGGGUGCCCUUAUUGAUGUGAAGGGUGCCAAGAUUUCAUUGAAAGUAGGGAAGGAAGUUCUAGAAUUUGAUUUGAACAAAACAAUGAAAUAUCCUUGUUCUAAUUUUGAUAAUGGCAUGAUGGUUGAUACUGUUGAUUCCAUUGUUUCUGAUAUGCGUAAAGAACUAUUCUAUACUAAUCAUGAUUAUGAGUUGUAUGAGAAUGAGGAAAACAGAGACAUGGAAGGGCGAUCUCUAGAUGAUAAAGGGCCAAAAGUAAAGCUUAAACCUUCUCCUACGCAUCUAGGAAAGGUUCCCCCGGUGUUUGUCGUACCAAAGGAAGGGGCGAGGCCUAUUGCAAAGAAUAAGAAGGGUAAGCUUACUUCCUUUUCAAAGGAGAAUUAUGGUUAUGGUUAA